AUGCCUAAGGCUCUUGAUAAAAAAAACUUAUCCAAGAUAUUCCUGCAAUCAUUAGACAGCAUGGCCCGUACCAAGCAAUCAGCUCGGAAGUCUCUUCAACAUUCUGAUGAGCCUCUUGACGAGGAAGAUCAGCAAGAGAUCAACAAUGCUCUUACUGAAGAGGAUAAGAAGCGCCGCGAGGAGCUUGAGAAAGCCCCCAUGCAACCUGAACUGAAGCACCUCGAGAAGCGGUGGACCAAGAAGGGUCGUGCUUAUGUCACUGAACCCAAGGAAGAUGAAGAAGUGCCUGAGCAGAAGACUAACUGGUACGAAAAAUACGCCCUCUGUGUCACACGCCAAUACGACUCUCGGAACGAGUACAUCUGCCGAACAUCUCUCGAAGUCAACUCCCCCGCUCUGAAGGACAUUUUGAAGAAUGUUAUUGGAGGCAAAUUCCCUGGUCAAUCGUACCUCACGUCCAGCAUUUCUGUCGACUUCCCCCCGCGCAGUCUCUACCACUACCGCCAUGAAUUAGCUGAUGCAGCCGCCGAUCUCGAGCCGGAGUCAGAUGGGGCAAGACACCUUCCUCUACUUCUUGAAUUCAUCGACGAGCAAUUCCACGACACAAUCAAGAACGGCUCCAACCUCCUCGAGCAAGGUCUCAUCAGCUACGAAUACCUCUGGACCAUCUUUCGUCCGGGUUGCCUUGUUUAUGCCACCCGUCUCAGCCAGGCCCGGGUGUACAGAUUGAACAGCUACAGUUAUGUCUGCGGUAUGUGUCCUGGAAUGAGACUGGAUGUUGAGUUUGUCGAUUUCGACGGCAGCGACUUCGGAAUGAGAAGCGAGGAACUCUUUGUCCCCCAAUUCCCGGGCGCGGUAGCAAUUGAUUCGCUCAACGCCCUGCCUCUCGACCACCAUCCAAUCAAGGAUGCCGUGGUGAACCUCUUGAAAAAGCGCGGCCGGCGUUGGGAAGAGCUCGCCGGGCAAAACUUCUGCGAGUACAAGGGCAUUGCACUUGACCACCGCAACCGACGAUACAACGUUGAUGGACGGAUCAUGAUUGAUGCUGAGACGCAUCAUCGUAUUAUGGCUGAUUACUCAUUUGAGGUCAUUCCGUUCCCUAACACUUCCGGCCAGAAGAGGAAACAGGCGACCGCAAGCGACGAAAUUGACCUAGUCCCUAAAGAGAAGACUGAGCGCGCCCCGCUGACGGACGAGCAGGCUCUGCUUGCCACCACCAUGGUUCGCGGCUUCAGCUUCACGGAGAAGCGCUUCUUUGAUUUCUUCGUUCACAGUGUAAGUGAGAUUGAAUGGAACACAGGCUGCUUCGAGCAGCUCGUCCUGCCCGAGUCGCAGAAGGAGCUGGUUCAGGCGUUGGUGGCGGAACACACAGCCCGCACCACCGACCCGAAUGUCUCUGCGUUUGACGACAUCGUCAAGGGCAAGGGCCGAGGCUUGAUUCUUGUUCUGCAUGGUCCUCCGGGAGUAGGCAAGACGUUGACGGCAGAGUGCGUGGCGGAGUUCAGCCGUCGGCCGUUGUACAUCGUCUCUUCCGGAGACCUGGGGACGUCUGCAGAGAAGCUGGAUGAAAAGCUCAGCAAGGCACUUGACCUUGCGAGCACAUGGAAAGCCGUGCUCCUCAUUGACGAGGCUGACGUUUUUCUUGAGCGGAGAUCGCUUCACGACCUAGAGCGCAACAGUCUCGUCUCCAUCUUCUUGCGCACGCUGGAGUACUACAGCGGUAUCCUCUUCAUGACCACGAACAGGGUACAGACGUUUGACGACGCGUUCAAGAGUCGCAUUCACGUGCCGCUCAAGUACGAAGACCUGCCGAAGGCAAGCAGGCUCACUGUCUGGAAGAAUUUCCUGGCCAACGUCGACGGCGGGGUGGACAUUGACGAGGAGGGCUUUGACAAGCUUGCCGAGGGCAAGUUGAAUGGACGGCAGAUUAAGAAUAUCGUCCGCACCGCCAAGAGCCUCGCUUCUCAUAAGAAGAGAAAGCUGGAUUGCAAGCAGCUGCAGCAAGUUGUGGAUAUCCAAAUGACGUUCGAGAAGGAACUGGAUGAGGUUGACAGAGACAUCGAGCUUGUGGAGCGAUAG